AGCUCAUUAUGCCCAUAGAGUCAUCCUUGUCUUCUCUUUGGGAGAACAUUUUGUAAAGCUUUUCAUAUAAAGAGCAAUGGAAAUGCGUGUUUUUGUCCUGCUUCAUAUUUUGUGAUGCCAUAUUUUACAGACACAACUACAGCUAAGGCUAGAAAUCUGGCUUUAAAUGGCAGGGCCACACAAUCAGACCUGUUAAAAAAUCCAUGGACAGGUGAGGCCCAUGCCAGUAAUGCUAUUGAUGGAAAUCGAGACGCAGAUUUUUUCCAUGGAUCCUGUACUGCCACUGAAGUACAAGAUGAUCCAUGGUGGAGGUUAGAUUUACUAGACACAUAUGUGGUGAAAUCCAUUACUAUAACAAACCGAAAAGACUGCUGUCCUGAAAGACUUGAUGGAGCCGAGGUCCACAUUGGCAACUCUCUGCUGAACAACGGCAACAGCAAUCCACUGGCUGCAAAAAUUUCCUCCAUUCCAGCUGGAAGAUCCCUUACUUUCAAAUGGAAAAAAGGCAUUUCAGGACGUUACAUCAAUGUAAUUCUUCAUGGCUCCAGUCGACUUCUUACUAUCUGCGAGCUUGAAGUUUACGGUUAUCCGGCUCCCAAUGGUGAAAAUGUAGCUUUAAAAGGUAAAGCUACACAGAGUUUCCUCUAUGGAAACGGUUUCGCAUCUAAUGCAAAUGAUGGGAACAAAGAUGGUGUUUACACUCAUGGAUCCUGCACACACACUCACAACACCCUCAACCCCUGGUGGAGACUGGACCUGCUGAAAAGGCACAAAGUGUUUUCGCUGGUCAUUACAAACACAUUAGACAAUCUUCCUGAAAGAUUAAAUGGUGCAGAAAUCAGAAUUGGAGACAAUCUGGACAACAAUGGCAAUAAUAAUCCCAGAUGUGCCACAAUCACUUCCAUUCCUGCUGGUUUUUCCAGCUCUUUUGAUUGUGAUGGGAUGGAAGGACGUUACGUUAAUGUUGUUAUUCCAGGACGAGAAGAAUAUCUAACACUGUGUGAGGUUGAAGUUUAUGGAUCGCCACUGGACUGACAAAAUGAUUAACCUGUAUGCUUUUCACAUUCCACUUAAAGUAAAAGCAAAGUGUUGUAUUGAAGCAGAUUUAUUAAUUAAAACAGUUUGUCAAAAAUAACCGCUGGAGUCAAAGAGAAAUAAAGGAAAACCAACUUUUAAAAUAAAGUUUUUUUUUGCCAUUGA